UUUAUCAGGGGGAGAUUAUUCUCACCAGGAUAUCACAUCCUAGAAUGAUUUUCAGGGUGCUAGGGGUCCUGUGUGACAUAUAUAGGGAAUGGAUACAACAUUCCUGGAAGCAAAACGCUCACUGUUUUGCUAAUCUGUGGACUCAAAUAAUUAGGCCACUUAUUGCAACAUUAUUGGUACUAUUGGUUCGUCGUUACCAUUUGCGGGUGCCUCAGGAUACUGCUGGUGGUGCUGUAUCUGGUCGCGUACUAUCUGGGACUGCACUUGCAGAUGUUUCUGGCUUACUUUGUUCCAAAUCAGCCUGGUCUGGAUUGCUCUUUGCUUAUGAAUUAGGUGAUUUAUCAUCUGAAGCUGGUUCACCUGAUUUAGAUGACGGUGGAGCACUUGUUGCUACUGCUGCCAGUUCAGUAGACGGAGGUGUUUAUAAUGCCACAGGUUUGCUUGGUUGCUGCAGGGAAUUCUGUGGCAGGAGAAAGUUUUUUCUAAAUAUAAAUCGAAGCAGAAAGAGCAGACAUCUCCGGAGGGAGGAUUUCAAUCAUCGGUUUCUUCCCCACCUCUGACAAACUUGUAAACUAAGGUUCCUCCAGCUGAAGCGUCUGUCUUAGCUGAUGGGGUGUACUCUACCUCUUUUUGCAACAUUUUGUUCCAAACCUCAACAAAGUUCUUCAAUGUUG